AUGGCCUUGGAAGGGUUCAGACCAAUCACCAACGCUGAAGUUGCUGUACCGGAAAAUUGCCAACUCGAUUCGUCGAAUGCCGCCACGGGGAAGCCUUGGUGGAAUCGCACCGGAACGCUGUUGAAUCUGUACUGGAACCCAGAUUAUGAUUACGACGGUGGUGGCGGGGAAGGUCAUGAGGAUAACAGAAGCUAUGAAAAGCAUUUGAGAUGUCUGGAAUGGCGUUUAAGCCAACGUCGCGGCCAUCAAGUCGGCUCCUUCGUCGCAGCCUAUCUGAACUCCGACUACGGCGAUGAUAUCCCCGACGUGUCAACCCCUUAUGACCCGUCACGCCUUUAUUGGCCCUCUAGAAGCAUUCAAAACAAGCGAGAGUGGAUCGACAUCCUGAGCCGCCGCUCGAAAUGGUAUGUUGUAAUGCGGAUCGUAGUUAUCCAUGGAUCCAGGAGUGUACACACGUCUGGACUGUUCGGCAUUCUGGGAGACGCUCCUGUUCAAAUUGUCGAUAUUCGCGACCAGAAAAAAAUCAAUGCCCUGUAUGAUCUGGCCGAGUUAUGCGAAAGGGAAAGUCCGAAUGCCCAACCUCCUCAGAGCUUCUAUCGUAGCUCGGCCCCGGAGAUGGAAGGCUUCCUUGAAGACCUCUUCGCUGCCAGCUUUGAUUCACGCAAAAUGACAUUUGAGCUGCGACCAACCGUCAUGUUUCGCUGGUGCCCACUAAUGUGUAACCACCCUGGCAAAGUCUUGGAUAGUAUGGCAUGGCCGCCUAGAGAGGAUCGCUACUAA